AUGCCGGUCAGGGUGGAUAUAGUUCCUCCCCCACCGGCAAACUCGAAACAACUGGGUGUUACCAAAUCCUUGCUCUAUAAUGGAUCCAAAUUUCAAGGAUUUCAAAGAUCUAAGGGAAACAGCUAUGAAGUGGAAGUUAUUUUACAGCAUGUUGAUGAAGAAACCUCAUAUCUCUGUGGAUAUCUGCAGAUAAAUGGACUAACAGAUGAAUAUCCCAAAUUAACAACUUUCUUUGAUGGGGAAAUUAUUAGUAAAAAAUAUCCUUUUCUCACACGAAAAUGGGACGCUGAUGAAGAUGUGGAUAGAAAACAUUGGGGUAAAUUUUCCUUGUUCAGUCAGUAUGCCAAGACAUUCAACUCUGACACAUUCGACUAUGAAGCUCUUGCCGAGACCGACUACGUAUUCAUGAGGUGGAAGGAGCAUUUCUUGGUUCCGGAUCACACGAUCCGGGAUAUAAGCGGUGCAUCAUUCGCCGGCUUCUACUAUAUCUGCUUCCAAAAAUCUAACGCCACAAUCGAAGGUUACUACUAUCAUCGUAGCUCAGAAUGG